AUGGACAUCGGCGGCCUGACUACGGUGGUGGCCAACUCGGCGUACAUCUCGGCCCGUGGCAGUUUCGACGGCACAGCCAACCCGGCGGCCAACCGAGACAAGAAGUACCACGACAAGCUCAAGCUGCCCCACAUCACGUUGUGCGAAGAUCUGCGAGAAACCCUGGAUCUGCAGUUCAAGAGCAUCUGCGUGGAGCAACCCAUCGGAAAACGGCUGUUUCAAGAGUACCUGGAAACCACCAGCGAGUACAAGGGCCCGAGUCGUCUCUGGAAGGACGUGGAGGCGUACGACACGGCCGAGGAUAAGGAUCGAGUUCAGAAAGCCACGAAAAUCCUCCAGCGCUACAUGGAGCCCUCAGCCAAGCUCUUCUGCCCGUUUUUACCCGAGAACGACAUCACCAAGGUGAAGGAACGACACCAGGAGGCGGCGGACGACCUGUUCGUGGAGAUCCAGGCCAGCGUCUUCAACUUCCUUAAAGAGGUUCCCUUCACCUUCUAUCUAGAGACCAUGUACUUUAAGCGCUUCUUGCAGUGGAAGUGGCUGGAGAUGCAGCCCAUAGGUGAGGACUGGUUCCUGGACUUCCGUGUUCUGGGAAAAGGUGGAUUCGGGGAAGUGUCCGCCUGUCAGAUGAAGGCCACAGGGAAGCUGUACGCCUGCAAGAAACUCAACAAGAAGAGGCUGAAGAAGAGGAAAGGCUAUGAGGGAGCCAUGGUGGAGAAACGGAUCCUGGCUCGAGUUCACAGUAGAUUCAUCGUGUCGCUGGCGUACGCCUUCCAGACCAGAACAGAGCUGUGUCUCGUCAUGACCAUCAUGAACGGAGGAGACCUGAGGUAUCACAUCUAUAACGUGGACGAGAAUAACCCCGGGUUCUCUGAGGCCAGAGCCUGUUAUUACGCUGCUCAGAUCAUCCAGGGCAUGGAGCAUCUCCACCAGAAGAGAAUCAUCUACAGAGACCUGAAACCAGAGAACGUCCUGCUGGAUAAUGAAGGGAACGUCCGGAUCUCAGAUCUCGGUCUGGCGGUGGAACUCGCAGACGGUCAGGAGAAAAUCAAAGGCUACGCUGGAACACCAGGGUUCAUGGCCCCGGAGCUGCUGAAGGGCGAGGAGUACGAUUACUCCGUGGAUUACUUCACUCUCGGGGUCACGCUGUACGAGUUCAUCGCCGCUAAAGGACCCUUCAGGACUCGAGGAGAGAAGGUGGAGAAUAAAGAGGUGAAGAAGCGGAUCCUGAACGACCCCGUGACCUACUCAGAGAAGUUCAGUGAGAACGCCAAGUCCAUCUGUGAAGCUCUGCUGGCCAAAGAGGUGGACAAGAGACUGGGCUUCAAGAACGGUACGUGUGACGAGCUCCGCGCUCAUCCGUUCUUCAGCGAACUCAACUGGAGGAAACUUGACGCAGGGAUUCUGCCGCCUCCUUUCGUCCCUGAUUCCAAGACCGUCUACGCCAAGGAUCUGGACGACGUGGGCGCGUUCUCCACGGUGAAGGGGGUCGGCCUGGAGGACGACGACAAGGUGUUCUUCGACGAGUUUGCGUCAGGAAACAUCUCCAUCCCGUGGCAGGAGGAGAUGAUCGAGACUGGCAUCUUCGGCGAGCUGAACGUGUGGGGUCCGAACGGAACGGUGCCCAACGACCUGCGCCGGGAGUCCAUCCUGGAGCAGCCGCCGCCCAAAUCCUCCACCUGCAGCGUCUCAUAGUCACACGGGCGCAGAACUGUACUGAUCACAACCACAUUUACUUCCAGCUUCAGCUAUUUUAAAGGGGGCGUCGCUGUCAGUAUUUACAGUAGUGAUUAUUGAUUUUGAGUUUAUUGAACCAUAAACUGAGUUCCAGCGCUCAGUGAGUUUACAUGCACUCUUCUGUUCAAGCAUGACUCGCAUUAGGCUUCUAAACAGAAUAUCUAAGAAUGAGGAAAGAAUAGAGGGAAACGCUUUGCAGUCGUCUUUUUGACAUCCAUACAGGUCAGUGAGUGAUAAAAACAACCGUAUGUGAAAUUAAAUAAAUAUGAAAUACUAUUAUAUAUGAGUAAUACUGACAUUGUUCUCUGAUCUGAAUCAUGAGAAUGUGUAUAUUUGUGUUUAUAAUCAGUUACAUGCAACAGAACAUAAUACAGUCUGCUGUGAAAUGGUCGAGUGAAUAAUUCAAUGCAUUUCUCAUUUUUAUUAAACUGAUUUCAUGCUUUGAAACCUCAAUGUUUUUGACUGGUCUUAGUGAAUUAUUUUAACAGCUUUAAUUAAUGCCUUGAUUGAUUGUGAUUGUGUUUUAUGACCAUGUCUGUGGUCGUUCACUGCGAUGGGUUAACAGAGCGAUUAGAGGUUAAACAGAUGCUGUUAACUAGUCCUGCCACUGUUGCCACCAACACAAAGACGCUUCUGUGCAUGAAUCGCUUUUUAAGUGCCCUAGAAAAGACAUCAGUAGCUCGACUUUUUGAAAACCCAAUUUUUAUUCAUGUAAAAAGCUGUAAAUGUCUAUAGGUUGCAUUGAUUGUUGAAGUACUUAUGAAGAAUGUGA